AUGGCCUACCCGACUUCCGACGGCCUGGGCCCCCUCGUGUCGGACGCGGAGUGUCGGUUCUCUUCCCCCCUCCACUCGCGCAUUCUGCUCCCGCUCCCGCCUCUGCUAACUUCAGACACCGGCAUGGCGACCAAGCAGCCGAGCAGAGGACCUGGUGCAUACCCCCGUCGCAGGGCCGUGAGAGCAUGCCAGGUCUGUCGGGCUCGUCGGACGAAAUGCGACAACAAGAAACCGGCGUGCUCCUUUUGCGAAAAAAUAGGCGCCCAGUGCGUGGUCAACGACCCCACUGACAUGUUCGACCCUGCCAGCGUAUUGAUUAUCCAGCGCUUGGACCGGAUUGAAUCACUCCUACAGCAACAGAAACAAAACGAGGAUUCAAGGCCUGCCCUCGAAAACAGCGAUGCAUUGGCCACAAUUAGGAGCGCCUCAGCUGCGGGAGACAGCGACUGGCGUACCCUUAACAGCAGCCCCGUGUACCAGACGCACAGUUCAGACCUGAGUCGACUGACCAUCGAGACUAUCCUCUCCUGGAGCGUGUUCGAAGGGAAAUACGACGCAGGAACGCCUAGACCUUGCUGCACCCGGUUGCUCCACACAUUUCUCGAGGAGGUUCAUAUUGCCAACCCAAUCCUGGACGUCCCCUUGGUUACCGAUUACCUGUACCAAGCAUGUAUCCACGGGAUCGGCUGGGACGCACCCUCGUGCCUCGUGCUGGUCAUAUGUGCCUUGGGCGCAAUCUCCGAAAGCUUCCAUGAGCACCACGAAGUCAGCUCUAUGACUGCGCGACAGUCGCCGACCUUUCACCACGGCCAGCGAUACUUCGAGGCCGCGCAGAUGCGACUAGGAGCUGUGCUCCGGACGCACGGGGUGCUGGAGGCGCAAUGUUUCUUCUAUUCUGGCGUGUACCUAAUGGCCAUAUUUCAGCCACUCCGCGCCUGGCGGUGUUUUGUGCAGGCUGCCGCCACAGCAGAGACCCUGCUCUUCUCGUCCGGGGGGAACGACCCAAAUGCAGCUGGGGCUAGCCUCAAGAGCGAGACUCGCUGCCUGGAGACGACCCAUUGGGCCUGCCUCAAGUCCGAACUCGAGCUCCGCCUUGAGCUCGGCCUCAACCAGCCCGACCCGCUCGGGUUCACAUAUCCAACCUUCUUCCCAACCUUGCCCAUGCAACAACUCAAUCGCGACGAGUCCCGCGUGUGGUAUUUCUACCUCGCCGAAACCGCCGUGCGCCGGCUCACAAUGCGGAUCGUCCAACUCUUCUUCAUGAGCCAAACGCACGGCCGGUUUCCGGAUGCGCAUAAUAUGUGCGAGAUCUCGCUAGAUUUUGAAAUUCAGGCGUCGGACUGGACAACUUCCCUACCCCCCGUCCUCACCCUCUCAACCCCGGAAAUGGACGACGACGUGCUCAAAUUCGUAUUACGCGGCCACCUCCUCGACUGCUACGAGUGGAUCUACUUCCCCUACCUGCUCGAAGCGAUCGCACACGCAGCCCCGCGCAACCCGGCCACAGACGAAUUCGUCGUCCGCGGCCUCGCCAUGGCCGCCGAGCGCAUCCACAAGAACCGCAAGGGGUUCCGCCACCGUCACCACGGCGUCUGGCUCAUGCUGCGCUCGUGUACGCGUAGUGCGCUCCUGCUUGUUGCGGCGAGUCGGGCGGAGGGGGGUGUGCGCGCGAUGCUGCCUGUGGGUUGGAAGGCGGCGGUUAGGGGCGCUGUGGAGAUGUUGGCGUAUUGGAGGGAUGAGGCCCGGGAUGCGAGGGAGAGGUUGAGAGUUCUUGAGGAGGUGGUCGAGGGGUGGGGGGAGUAA